AAAACUAGAAACUAUUGAAGGACUGUUUGUACAAAGUCACACAGGUGAGAUAAAAACAACCAGGAAGUGAAAGGCGCAAAGUCUGACCUAGUUUCUCGCCCUACCAUUGGUCAGCAGUUUGGCAACACCUGCGACCUACUUACGCAGUCAUGGCGGAAGAGAGAACACCAACAAGGUUCACGCAGCCAAUUAACUCGCAUUUACUCUGUCCCUUGUGUAAGAAAUUGUUUACCGACCCGGUGAUUAGUGUCGUGUGCGGGCAUACAUUUUGUAGGGCGUGUAUCUCGGGUCUACAGAGAGGUGAAACAGGAGCAAAAUGCCCCAUUGAUGAGAGGACGUUCACCGAGUUAGUGCCGAACAGGGCUGUCCUUGGCCAAAUAGAGGAUCUUGAGAUCUACUGUCGCCAUGGGUUGACUUGGUCUGAAGAUGAGCAUGAAUUCGUGCUGGAGCCUUCUGGCUGCCCAGAGAAAAUCAAUUUAGGUAACAGACUUCACCAUGAGGAGAGGUGUCAGUACGCCUGGAUCACUUGCCCUAACAGUGAGGGGAAGUUCUGUGGUAAAAUGCGUAGGAAAGAGCUAGAGCACCACUUAUUGUCAUGCUGCCAUCAUAAAUGUUCACAUAAAGAUAAAGGUUGCAGUUUUACGGGAACUAAAUCCGGUGUCUUGGACCAUUUGAAGAUUUGUGGCUUUCGUGCUCUACAGGGUCUUCAUUCUUAUACAAAUUCAGCAAAACAGCUUGAAGAUUUGAAACAGGAAAAUUUUAAACUGAAGCAAUCAGUGAAUGAGCUAACAAGUAGAGUGAAGACAUUAGAGGAUCAAAAAUUAACAAUGUCUUCACAAAUAGAAAAUUGUAUGAGUGUUCUGGCAUCCUUACAGCAGAAGUAUGACUCCCUCUCAGCAACCAACAAUACCAAGAAUGAUGCCCAGACAAAUAUGUCCAAUGUAGAGAAACGGCAGAGUAGGGGUUCGUAUGGGAUGGCUCGGACCACGUCCACCUCUUCACUGGGGAGUCCUGUGUCCAGUCCCUUGGGCAGUCCCAAGUAUGAAAAGUGGGUCAUGCCUUUCACUUUCAAGUGCAUGGGGACUUUGAGAGGUCACCAGGGGGCGGUACACUGUAUGGCACGUUAUGGAAACAAGCUGUUCAGCAGUGGUGCAGACAAACUCCUCAAAGUGUGGAACCUUCAUGCACUGGCGAAGGGGUGUAUACAGUCUGUGAAAGCUCAUAUUGAUACGGUGCAUACUAUAGCAGUUGGGGAGGGCUGCUUAUACAGUGCAGGAGCAGAUUUUACCAUCAAGAGGUGGAAUAUUGAAACUCUUGAAGAACAGCAAGUAGCACAGAGUGCUCAUGAAAAUGUGAUAUGUGCCAUGGUUUGCUGUGGGGAGUAUCUGUUCACAUCUUCCUAUGCCACAAUCAAGGUUUGGGAUGCCACAUCUCUGAGUCCCUUACACUCCAUAGAUGGUUUAUAUCACUGGGUUAGAGCACUGGCCCUGUCACAGUCCAAGGAUAAAGUCUACAGUGGCUCACACAAUACAAUAGAGAUAUGGGAUAGCACAGGGAAAUUUAACCUUAAAGGGAAAAUAGAUCACCAAUUUGGAUCCAUUUACUCACUGGUGGUAACUCAGCAAUAUAUCAUAGCAGGCACAUAUAAUCAAAACAUUCGGCUGUUUGAUGUCUUUACACAUCUACAUGUAAACACUCUGUUCGGCCAUGUUGGUGUUGUUGGGAGCCUGGUGGCGGCCUCUUCUGGUCGAUUUCUGUUCUCAGGAUCAGGUGAUGCCGUCAUUCAGGUUUGGAAUCUUGAGAACAAUCUCCCCAUUAUGAGCCUGUCUCGUCACGAGGGUCCAGUCAAUGCACUUACGCUACAUGGGGACUUCUUGCUCUCAGGGUCUGAUGACACUGAAAUCAAGGUAUUCAAACACUUUGAGAUGCAGAUGGGAUUUACGCCCACCUAAUUUGGCGCAGCAAGUGGACAACAUACAGAGCCCUUGUGCAUUCAGGAUAUCAUUUCUGGACAUAUGACUCCCUGGCCAUCUGUCAUAUUGAAGAAUGAAUGAUGAUACAUUCAUAGACAUUGCCUAUGAUUGUGGUUCAGCCCGAAAUGUGCAUACUCCCUGAAGAAUAAGAAGAACAAUAACAAGAAGUCAGAUAUCCAUAUACAAUAUGGGCUCAGCUCCGAAAGACAGGACUAAUAUGCUCCAAUGCUAAUAAUGCUCAACACUGCUUUUUUUACUCAUUCCUAUAGAUAUAAUAAUAUUUACAGUUUCCAAAAUCUCUUGCCAAAAUAUAGAUGCUUGAAUUAUGUUAUGUACUUAUUGAUGUCAUCAUUAGUGUUUUAAUAAGAAGCCAUUACAUAUUUUUACAAUAACAGAUACAAUGUUGGUGUUUUGUUCUGAAAGACCAACAUUUUGGAUAUUUUUUUAAACAAUUAUUUAUCCAAGAUGUCAUUAAAUUGUGUAUCUACCAUUGUUUCCUUAAGGAUAGGUUUUAUAUAUAAUUAUAGGUAUUUCAUUGUGGACAGAAUAUAUUUUAAAUACACUUAAAUAUACACAAAACGGUGGAAACCUUGCUUCAGUGAAUAUUUACUGUGAUAUGUUUUACUUGCUAAAAAGUCAACAUUAUUUCUAUAUUCAGCAUAUAAGAGCAAAAAUAUUCCCAAAUAUUCUCUGUAAAAAUAUGUCGUACAUUUUAUAAAAAUAAAAUCA